AUGUUGAUCAAGGUGCGAACGUUGACCGGCAAGGAGAUUGAGCUCGAUAUCGAAAACGAAUACAAGGUCUCGCAGAUCAAGGAAAAGGUGGAGGAGAAGGAGGGCAUCCCCCCUGUUCAGCAGAGGUUGAUCUAUGGCGGCAAGCAAAUGGUCGAUGACAAGUCCGCAUCCGAGUAUGGCCUCGAGGCCGGUGCCACAUUGCAUCUGGUCCUUGCCCUGCGUGGUGGCAACUGA